AUGGCUGAUCCUGUUGUUUCCUUCUUUCUACAGAAACUAGACGAGCAAAUCACACAAGAAGUGCAGCUCCUCUCUGGAGUUGAAGACAACGUAGCAUGGAUCAAAGCCGAGCUGGAGUCCAUGAAAGCUUUCCUCAAAGACGCCGACAGACGAAGAGAGAGGGAUGAUGGCGUGGAGGCCUGGGUCAAGCAGGUUAGACGAUUAGUCUUCAACGCCGAAGAUGCCAUUGAUGAAUUCAUGAUCCAGACGGAAACACACCGCCGUCUUGGUAACAGAGUCAUGGGCUGUCUUCUUUUAACUGCUUCCUUUCGAAAGCUUCUGAUAGCCCGACAUCACUUCAGUAUGAAGAUGCAAACUAUUAGAAGGGAUGUGAAAGAGAUCCAUGAUAGGAGGGAUCGAUACGAUAUUCGAAAUCUACCACAUGAAGGGACGAGUUCAAAUGCUGCAGAAGGCAGGCCUAGCAGUCAAGUAAUUGCUGCCCAUUGGGUUGAAGAAGCAGACAUCGUGGGACUCGAGAACGACGCCAUGAAACUAGAGCAAUUGUUGCUGAAAGAUGAGGAGACACAACAGCCUACUGUCAUUUCAAUCGUGGGUAUGGGCGGUCUGGGGAAGACGACUCUCGCAAAGAAAGUCUACAGAACUACAAAGACAAGUUUUGAAUGUCAUGCAUGGAUUAACGUUUCUCAAUCAUUCCAAAUAAACGAUAUCUUGAAAGGAAUGUUGAAGGGGUUUUACGAGAGCAGGACGGAGAUAGCUCCAAAUAGUGCAGAGUCAUCAAAUUUCAUAGAUCUACUAACGAUGAUCCACAUAUACUUGCGAGGAAAAAGGUACGCUCUUUUCCUCGACGAUAUUUGGGAUAUUAGUGUUUGGGAAGAUGUGAAACUUGCUUUGCCUAAUAAGGGUAGAGGUAAGGUCAUCUUCACAACUCGCCAUCAAAAUGUAGCUUCUUCUGUACAAGAGAGUGGAGCCAUUAGUCACAAACUAGAGCCAUUAUCUUGGGUUUUAGCUUGGGACCUGUUUUGUAGAAAGGCAUUUAGGAAUAAAUGCAUUCAAGGUACUUUCCCACAACACUUGAUACCAACAGCAGAAGCCUUAGUAGGAAGAUGUGAAGGUUUGCCGCUUGCGAUUGUAACAAUUGGUGGCCUUAUGUCAAACAAAAGCACUCUUCCAUCUGAAUGGGAUGAUGUAGUUGAAAAUCUUGAUUGGGAAUUGAGUCAUAAUCAAGCUCUUUCAAGACUAUAUCAAGUCCUGCUAACAAGUUACUACUAUUUACCUCCUCAUCUCAAAUACUGUUUCUUAUAUUGUGCUCUGUUUCCUGAGGGUCACAAAAUUAAGAGAAAGAAGCUUAUUCGUAUGUGGGUGGCUGAAGGCUUCGUAGAAGAACAUCCACGCAAGACGCUUGAAGAUGUCUCGACUGAUUACUUUGUUCAGCUCUUGGACAGAAACCUGAUACAGCCUCUCAUUAGUCAGUCUACAGGAGAAUUGAUAGCAUGUCAGGUGCAUGACCUUAUGCAUGACAUUGCUAUCCACAUGUUUAAGAAGGAAGAAUUUGCAGCAAUCCUAACAGACCGAAAAAAUAAUUUCAAAGAAUCGCAGCGGCGGGUGGCAAUCCAAAACACUGCAAUUGAUAUUCCAGGAAGCAUGUCUGAAUUGAAUCCUCGGUCACUCCUUGUAUUUAAUGACACAGAGUUUCCCUCUUCUUCUUUGUGUAGAAUGUUUUCAGAAUUUAAAUUAUUGAGAGUAUUAGAUCUAGAAGGCGCUAAAAUAAAUAUUUUUCCGAAUGAAGUGGGAAGCUUGAUUCACUUACGGUAUUUGAGCUUGAGGAAGACACAGAUUACCGAACUCCCGGAUUCAUUGCGAAGACUUCACAACCUACAGACUCUGGAUGUUAGAAAUUCCAAUUUGAAAGGUUUACCCACUGGAAUAGAGAUGCUUUUGAAAUUGAGGCAUCUUCUUUUAAGUGAAUUUGCAGGCACUUCCGAAUUCUAUAAAAUGCCUGCGCGAACAGCCAGUUUAAGCAACCUCCAAACGCUAUCAGGUGCAUCUGUCCAUGGAGGCUUUUCAAGUGAGUUGGGUCGCUUAACCCAACUUAAGAAAUUAGCAAUUGGAGAAGUAAAAGAGGAAGAUUGUAGACAACUAUGUGAUUCCAUUAGUCGGUUGAAAUGGUUGCGUUCCCUCAAAAUAACAAGCCUUGGCCAAGAUGAAGAACUCCACUUACAAGCAUUGUCGCAGCCUCCACAAUACCUUGAGAAACUAUAUUUGAGAUGUUUGAUGAAGGAGCUUCCCCAAUGGGUUGCUUCACUCAACUGUCUCCUGGAGAUCUCUCUUCUCAAUAACCAAUUUGUGAAAGAUCCACUCAUCACCCUUGGACAGUUACCCAAUCUUGUGUCCCUGAUUCUUAGUAAUGCUUAUGUGGGAAAGCAGAUUUGUUGCACGUCUGGAGGAUUUCCGAAGCUCAGAACCAUGGGAAUCACAGAUAUGGAAGAAUUGGAAGAGUGGAGUAGAAUAGAGGAAGGCACAAUGCAAUCCCUAGAGAAUCUCAGUAUUUACAGUUGUCCAAAGCUAAAGAUGCUCCCAGAUGGCCUUCAGCACCUCGCUACCAUCCAAGAACUAUUCUUAGGUAAGAUGCCGGAAGAAUUCAUGAAGAGGGUAAAGGGUGGUGGAGAUGACCAUUUCAAGGGGAACAAAGCCUCGUAUGAGUGUUCCACAAAGCAGAGAAAUCAGAAAAACAACUUCUCUGCUUCUGAUGAUGACUGA